GCGACAUCAAACAAUGACAAUAACAACAACAACAACAAACAGAGUACAAUAUCAAAGUUGAUGACAUCCUCACCCUCAUUGUUUGAUGAAGAGCAGUCGAUAUACUUCUCAGACAGCUACUGCGAGAUUGCCAAGACAGUGUUUGCAGAGUCAUUAACCACUCUCACAGAGUUCAUUCUCGACAAGGAUGCUGCCAACGUCAAGUAUCAACUGUCGGUCGAAGUGAAACGCAAUCCCAACUUCUUCAAACAGCUCAUACCCGUGGUCGCCAAGCCAGCUACCACAUCGACGACAAAGAACAAGGAUAAGAACAGGAUGUCAUUGCUGUUCGCAGUGGCUACGAGGAGUCUGGACAUUGUUACUAUGUUGCUGUCGGCUGGUGCACUGCCAUUGAUCAAUGUACCAGAUCCAAUCAGUAAGGUCACUCCACUACAUUUGGCAGUGAUGUUGGGCGACCCAAAGAUGGUCGCAUUGCUCGAGGAGCGAGGCGCCGACGCCACAAUCAUUGAUACAUUCAGAGCUGUACCCAUCGACUAUGCACACAUGAAAGGACUAUCGAUUCCCCCAUUCAAUCCUCAAUCAAUCCAGAUAUACAACUACAAGAAUGAUGGCGCGAUGCAGGCGUGGCCAGUCGAGCGCGUCGAGCGCGAGCUGUCCAUCAAGUACUGCCCAAGAGUGCUGUGCACCAACGACUACCUCGUCAACCUUUGCUUCAGCUCAUUCGAGAUCAACGCCGACAUGCAGUUCCGCGACAGGUACCUCAAGUCCAUCAACAAGACGGGCGGCGAGGAGAAUGUCAUCCUGGGCUGGAUCUCGGACCAGGUCGGGUGGGGCGUGUUUGCCGCGCGCGAUAUCAAGCGAGGCGAGUACAUCGUGCGCUAUGGAGGCAUGUUGACAAUGAACGAGAAGAUGGUGACGCCCUGCUACAACAUGAUGACGUCGAUGGAGGACUUUGGCCUGGACGCCUACCGCUACCGAUCGAUGGGCGGAAUGGUCAAUCACUCGGCAAAGCACGCCAACGCCGAGAGCGAGUGCAUAUUCGAGUAUGGCGCUGAGCAAGCAUUGAUCACCGCCGCCAAGUUUAUUCCCAAGGGUACACAAGUGUUUAUCGACUACUCGCAAUCAUACUGGCGCGAAGACGACCAAGACGAUAUCCAAACAGAGAUGGUUGAGAUGGGCGGUACAGACUCUUAUCCAUCGAUAAUAAAGUUCUAG